UAAUAUUCGAUGAUUCGAACGAAAAGGAAAACGGGGGAAGUCCACAGAGUAUUUUUAUAAACUGGGAAGUCCAAAAAUUGCAAGAAAUAAAGUGCAGUUUUAGUUUUAUCCAGACUGAUUUGUGUAAAACAUUUCAGUAGGUAUUAAAAAUGGUUUUCAAGUGCCAGGAAGACAGUUUUCUUACAGAAUACACCUCAAGAGUUGUAAAAUGUGAGCCAACGAAGGAGCCCAUAGUCGAAUAUGGAAAAAUUUCCAAGUUUGAAGGUUAUCAGAUAACUUUGGAAAACACGAUAUUAUUCCCGGCAGGUGGAGGUCAGCCACAUGACAUUGGAUGGCUCAAUGAAAAGGAAGUGCUUCAAGUGUUACGCAAAGGCGAUGAAGCUCUACACUUCACCAUAGACCCUUUAGAAGUAGGUGCUACUGUCCAAAUGAAAAUAAAUUGGGAAAGGAGACUUGACCAUAUGCAGCAACAUUCAGGCCAACACCUACUCUCAGCAAUAUUAGAGAAGGAACAUAACCUACCGACAACGAGCUGGUGGCUCGGAGCUGACGAGUGUCACAUAGAGUUGGCUUCAACUGAUGUGAGUGAAGCAACAGUGGUCGCUGUGGAGCAACGGUGCAAUGCGUUGAUAAGAGAAGCUGUACCUGUCAAAGUCAAGUUUUGUAAGUCUGAUGACCCAGAAUUGGAUGAGGCACAUACGAGAGGAUUGCCGAAAGACGUCAUGGCCACCAUUAGGAUCAUAUGUAUUGGAGAUAUAGAUGAGAACAUGUGUUGCGGGACUCACGUCGCCAAUCUCAGCCAGUUACAAAUGAUAAAGCUGCUGGGUACGGAGCCGGGGAAGAAAGGCAAGACAAAUUUGAAGUUCGUCGUAGGUAACAGAGUCACUAGGUUGUUCCAGAGGAUGCUAGACAGAGAAAGAACAUUGGUUGGAGUGCUCAAGAACGAACCGAGUAAACAUGAAGAGUUGGUCUUAAAACUACAAAAAAACCUUAAAUUAUCCAAUAAAAAUCUACAAAAUUUACUAUCAGAGCUGGCACAAUUUGAAAUUGACACAAUAAAGAAUACGGAACCGAAACCAAAAUAUGUGUUUAUGUUUAAAAAAGAAGCAACUCCGGACUUCAACAGAGCUAUUUGCAAGGGUUUGGAAGGAGAAGGGUUGUUCAUGUUUUUGGCCUCGGAAGAUGCAGACAAACCUAAAGAGGGACAGAUUAUAAUCCAGGGGCCAGAGGAGCAUUGCAAUGCUUUGGGACAGCAAAUAACCGAGCUGUUGAAAGGCAAAGGAGCAUUCAAAAAUGGCAAAUUCCAAGGGAAAGCCGGUGAUAUGGGGAGCAUUAAUAAAUGCAAGAAAUUGAUUGAAGAUUAUUUUAAUAAUAUUUCGUCUUAGUACUUUUGUACUUAAUUUUUUUUUCUUUUAUGCUAACACGUAAGAUAAAACUGUUUUUGUUGGUUACCAAAAUGCGUUAGAAAUAAAUAAUUUCAAUGUUUAAAAAAGGAUAUUUUAAUAAUAUUUUCGGCAAACCAAGAGUCUCAACUAAUCCUGUAUUUCUCCAAACCACGGUGGUUCAUUUAAACACAACAAAAAUCAUAAUCAAAUAUACAUUCAAUAAGUGUCAUUAAUGUUUAUUUAUUAUAGAACAUAUUACACUUCCGUCUACCAGUUCAAAUACCUUAAAAUAAUUUUAAACUAUAAACCAUUUAAACCUAUGAUACAUUGUUCUUCUCAUAAUAAAUUAGAUACUCAAAUGUAUAUGCUAUAAUGUGCAGUAUUUGAAUAAAUACAUUUACAUUCAGAUA